GGCGGUGGGGGGCGUAGCGGGGCCGCAGACCCGGUGGGGCCUCCGGAGGAGACGGGCUGGCGAGGGAAGGAGGCGGCGGCGGCGGAGGCGGCGGAGAGGUUUCACUCGGAAUACCGGACUCUGCAGGGCUGAAAGCCAACAGCUAACAACCUGGAGUGAGUUCAGGGAAGGUCACCAGGAGCGCCAAAGGGCCUGGAAACAGGUCCUUUGAAGAAGAGUGAAAAGACCUGGGUAACCGGAGCUCUACACCGCGCUGGGUUAAACCGCCAAAGAUGUCUAAAGAGGAAGAAAAAGUUAAUUUGCGUCGCCUCGAGCCAGCCAUCCAGAAGUUUAUUAAAGUUGCCAUUCCCACAGAUCUGGAGCGGUUAAGGAAACAUCAGAUCAAUAUUGAGAAGUACCAGAGGUGCAGGCUGUGGGACAAACUGCACGAAGAGCAUAUCAAUGCCGGCCGUACUGUUCAGCAGCUGCGAGCAAAUAUCCGAGAGAUGGAGAACCUUUGCGCCCGAGUCCGGAAGGAAGAUAUUCUGACCCUGCAGAGAAUGAUUGACCCCGUGAAAGAAGAGGCUUCGUUGGCCAUCAAAGAAUUUUUGCAGCUGCAUUCGGAGUCGGCCGAAGUGCUGAAAAGGCAGUUCAGAGAGCAGGAGGCUGCUUUGACUCGGUCCACCACUGUCGGAACUGAAACUUUCUCUAAUGCCGAAGGUGGAGAAAAUUCCCUCACCCAGAUUUUUGCUCCGUUACCGGAAAUCCCCCAGGAUCAAAAUGCUGCAGAAUCCUGGGAAGUGUUAGAAGAGGAUCUGAUUGAACUCAGCACUCUGGUGACCGAGUUUUCCCUGCUUGUUAAUGCUCAGCAGGAGAAGGUCGACCGGAUCGAAGAGCACGUCUGCACUGCGGUUGCGAACGUGGAAGAAGGGACCCGAAAUUUAUCCAAGGCUGCAACCUACAAGCUGGCUGCCCUCCCAGUGGCUGGCGCCCUCCUGGGGGGAAUCGUGGGGGGGCCAAUCGGGCUCCUGGCUGGCUUUAAGGUGGCCGGACUGGCGGCGGCGUUGGGUGGCGGCGUGCUGGGCUUCACUGGUGGGAAACUCAUUCAGAGGAAGAAGCAGAAGAUGAUCAAGGAACUGUCCUCUUCCAGCUGCCGGAUCUGCCCAAGCAGAGCGACCAAGGGGGCAGCUGAGGGCGGGACCCUCAAGCCGUCCCGGUUGGCAUCAUGGCUGCCCACCUGGACCAGGUGUCUUCUUCUCCUGCUGGAAAUGUCUCCUGUUGAGAAUGUGAAAAAGGGACAAAAGUCACCCAGGAAAACUUUCUGACUCGCACCAGGGGGGGAAGGCAAGCCUGGAACGCUUUGGCACACCUCACCUGCAAGCAAGGAAAGGUGCGCACCGAAGGAAUGUCUCCACCUGUUCUCCUUCCUCCUUCAGGGACUGUUACAGUCUUCACCAAAUGCCUUUUUCCCAGGUUAAAAACGGAAAGGAAGCCCAGGUAGCUUUUUUUAGUCUCUGGGUGCUUCUGUUCUUCUCCAGCGCACAAAUUCUGUUUUUUUUUUUUACACCUGUCGGUUUUAAAUGCUUCUGGCUUCGCGGUGGCUGAAUCGGUUUGCGGUGGCAGAUUUGGGCUCCUGGUGGAAAGAGACUCGCUGAGAUCAGGUGAAGAGGUGCGGAGAGAUCUCGCCUCGGGGGUGUGGGGGUUUGGUUUGCAAAUUUUAAUUUUUCCAGACUGGAAAAAGUUGGCUUCUACCUCUCGUUUUUUUUUUUAAAGUGCCACGGUCAGGAAAAGUCAGAAGAGGCUGUUUUGGGGGGAAUUCUCUUGCUUGUUGCUUAUCAGUGUCUGGAAUGGUGUUUCUCAACCGUGGUAACUUUCCAACGAGUGGACUUCGACUCCCAGAAUUCCCGAGCCAGUAAGGAAUUCUGGGAGUUGAAGUCCGCUCAUCUGAAAGUUGUCCAGUUGAUUGGAGAACGCUGGGAGUUGAAGUCCACAUGUCUUGAAAAGGGAGAAAUAUUGCUCUGGAACAGAGGUGGGGAACGAUGGGCCCUUUGUGGCGUGUGGACUUCGACUCCCAGAAUUCCUGAGUCAGCAGGUCAUAAAGGGCCCAUCAUUCCCCACCCUUGCUGUAGAACAGUGUUUCUCAACUUUGGAAGCUUGAAGAUGGGUGGACUUCAACUCCCAGAAUUCCUUACUGGCUCGGGAAUUCUGGAGUCGAAGUCCACUCAUUGGCCAGCCACUUGUCUGAAUUGGUCUAGAGCAGUGUUUCUCAACCUUGGAAGCUUGAAGAUGGGUGGACUUCAACUCCCAGAAUUCCUUACUGGCUCGGGAAUUCUGGGAGUCGAAGUCCACUCAUUGGACAGCCACUUGUCUGAAUUGGUCUAGAGCAGUGUUUCUCAACCUUGGAAGCUUGAAGAUGGGUGGACUUCAACUCCAGAAUUCCUUACUGGCUCAGGAAUUCUGGGAGUCGAAGUCCACUCAUUGGACAGCCACUUGUCUGAAUUGGUCUAGAGCAGUGUUUCUCAACCUUGGAAGCUUGAAGAUGGGUGGACUUCAACGUUGCUGGCUGGGGGAUUCUGGAGUUGAAGUCCACCCAUCUUCAAGCUUCCAAGGUUGAGAAACACUGCUCUAGAAUAUCAAGACGAGUUACUCAGUCAAAAAUUAUUUGAUUUUGGUUAUUAAUUAUUAGUUCCAUGCCAACUGAUAUCUAAAGGUGGAAACGAUCGGUGUGUGUGUACGCACAAAUUAAACAACUGGGGAUGUGUGCGUUGAUCGGUUCAAAAGAGCAACAUUGCUACGACAAUUAUUUUUUCCUCUUUGCACAAAAAUACGACAGCAUCUCUUCAGCAUUCCGAGUAGCCCCCGGAGUCAAUGCGGAUCUCUUUAAAAAAAAUAAUCAUAACGAUAAUAAUAAUAACGCAUUGGAAGUAUUUCAAAACGUCUCCGGGACAUGGUUGCGUGUUGCGUGUUGGGUGCCAUCUUUUUAAGUGGGUCAAAACACUUUUAUUGCAUCGUUUGUACAAACGCCGGGUGUCUACGCAUCAUCCGAUGAUAAAUAAAAGCCGUUUUUAAAAAGUUUAAAAAGAAA